AUGCGAUGGCUCCGUUAUACGUAUAAAUUCAAUUUCCCUUUCCGGCUCGCUUGACGGUCAUUUCGAAAUCAUCUCUAGUGAGAGCCCAUCAACCAUGUCAUCCUCUCCUUUCACAGAAGAUGCCCUCAAUCGGUACCGCAUAACCCACUCAGACAGGGAACUCAGACCGCUUCUCCGACGUUUACAUCAACUGCCCAAAUUGUCGUCAUCCGCGUCUCCGGAAGAAUCCAUUGUAGAGCGGCAACUUGUUUAUCUCGAGCUUCUGAAAUGGCGUACCGGAAUCGAGCGCAUCAUAGGAUCUGUCGGCAAUUUGGAGAAGCAAAAAAGCGAUUAUGAAAGGCAAACGAGGGAGAUUAAGGGAAGGACUGAAUCUAUGAAGCAAUUGUUGGCGAAGGAGGAAGAAUAUUUGGGGAAGGCGAGGAAAUUGAGAGAUCAUAGAGUCAAGUGCGAUGAGUUGGCCGCAAAGAUCAGGGCAAGGUCCAGAAGUAGAAAUGAGCUCGACGAGCAAAUAACGACUCUUGAAACCUCUCUUGAAGAGCAGCGGGCAUCGCACGCCAUCUAUGUUCAAACUGCUCAGGCGCGCGCGGAUACCUUUGCGCAUAUCGCGAAGCUCAUCGAGGAGUGUAGAAAUGUCAAGCUCCCGGUCGACCCUUCUCUAGCGACGGUUGCUUUGGAAAAGACGGACGUGGUCGAGCCGCCAGCGAUGACAUCUGCGCCGCCGACCAUCCAACUUAACCCUGCUGCUGUGCCAUAUCAGCCUACCGCAGCCAAGACAGCUUCUUCGUCGACAUUGAAGGCUCCUUCUGGAGGUUAUGCUCUUCCUUCACGUCCAUCCAACUCGCCUUUGCACUCUUCGGGUAACAGCCGUAACCAGAACUCCUCCCGACCCGCGUCAUACUUGUUACCGAACAGACCAAACGGUGGUGGAAGAGGCCCGGCAACGUCAUUGGCGGGACAGGUAAAGGGUCGAGGAGGAUUAGAGGAUGGAGAAGUAGGGCCAGAAGAAGGAGAGCUGGAUGAGAGAGGAACUAAAAGAGGGCAUGAGACAGAGGUGACGACGAGAAGGAGUACUAGGAGAAGAAUGUAGGGUCCUGAUGCCGUUAU